AUGGUCGCGUCAAAGCCUUCUGCAUCUCCACCCACCUCGUCAAACACCAGAGCCGGAAUGGCGACCCUCGAACCGCGCAUAAAGCAAGUGUCACAACACACGAUCCGCAAGAAAUGGAGACCACUGCCGGCUUCAUCACAGGAGAAAGUCCGACAAAUCUUCCUGAAUCUCAGAACGAAACGAUCUGGUGCUGGGGGAAACGGCAGGAUCCCACCGGUUGGCAGGUUGCGUAGUACCAAUGCGAAGGGACAAAGAAAGAACGCGACUGCGGCCAGCAUUCGAGAGGAAGAGUAUGAGAAAGCUGUGGAGGAGGUAGCUGACAAACUCCUCGCCCGCCUACCUCGAAUGCCAUUCCCGCAAACAAACACCUCCACAGCCGACGACUCUCCGUUUGACCUUUCCGCCACUCUGGCUCGCAUUGCGACUUUGCAGUCCCAGCUCACGACAAACCUGCAAUCGACGCACCUCCUCCGCCGCCAAAUCAACCGGGAGAAAGUCGCGCUGAAGAGGGACCGUGCACAGUUGAAAACGUUGGAGGAAGGAUUCAAAGGAAGCGAGGCGCUGAGGAGGAAGAAGGAGAGGGGCCUACAUCCGAUGGCGAGGGACUUGCUGCACAAGGAAGAAGAAACAGAAGACGACGAAGAGAAUGAAGACGGCGGCGUCGAGGCUGGGCGCAGGAGAGAGGAGAUUGAGCGCAUCAACAACGUUGCCGGAAUCAUACGCCCUGGUAACAAGAGAUUUUCCGGCGCCUUAGAGUCUAAGACUUCCUCAAUGUCGCCGCCCACUUUGACUCUCGACUCGGAAAACGACCCAGAACUGAAUUCGCUGCUCAAUCAACUGCGGAACCACCUCCUCAGAAUGCAGAAGAAUACGGCGCCCAUGCAGCCCGUAUUAGCAGCCAUGGACGAGGCGAAGGCAACAUUGGAUAAGUUUGUCGCAAGACAUGGGAUUCCGAACAGCCUCGGAAACACAUGA